UCCCAAAACCAAAACCCGACUCCAGCAAACCCUUCGCCUUCACUCUUCACCCUUCAGAAACUACCCGAUCUCAAAAAUCACGAUUUUCUCUCCUCUUCAUCUCUAGCUCGAGCUCGACCUCGACCUCUAGCUUCCGACCUCCUCCUCUCCCCUCGAGCUCGACCUCGACCUCCGGCCUCCGAUCUCCUCUCUCUCUUGAGCUCGAGCUCGAGCUCUGCCUUCGAUCACCUCUGGCCUCUGAUCUCUUCUCCUUCGAUCUCCACUUCUCGACCUAGAUCUCUUCUCCUGCCCUUCGAUCUCCUCUUAUCUUUGAUCCCCAAUCCUCAGAUCAAGAGAAGAAAACGGAAGUUCUUGUAACUUUGAAGAUUUAGAAGGAUCAAUGGAACAUCUCAACCUUGAAACAGCUCCACGCUCUAGCAAUGAUGACAAGGAUUUGAAUGAUGACGAUAUUGACUUCUGGGGUGAAGAUGAAACCUUAGAUACCGAUACAAAUGAGGCCUCAAGUCAUUCAUCUUUUCUAAACAGGGAGUGGAAACGGAGGCAUGAACAAUUUCAUACGAUGGGAUAUCGAGAUGGCAUUACAGCAGGCAAAGAAGCUUCUGCACAAGAAGGUUUUAAUGUUGGCUUUAAGCAAUCUGUACACAGUGGUUACAAUUGGGGCCUUGUUAGAGGAAUUUCUAGUGCUUAUAUUAAUCUUUCUGACGAUCUGAAAGAAAAGUUAGCAAGAACAGUUGAGAAAAGGGAGAGGCUUCGGAACUUAUAUCAAUCUUCUCAUAAAAUUUCCACAAUGGACGCACUCAAAAUGUAUCACGAGAGCAUCCAACGUGCAGAGACUAAGCAAGAACCCUCAGAAAGCAGUUCUCAGAUAAGUAGCGGUGAUAAUGGAGAACUUUCUAUGUACAAUCAGUUAGAUGACCUUUUUAAGGAGCUUAUCUCAAUUCAGCAUGAUUCACCAGAAAUUGAUUUGAAAAUAGAGCAAAGACGAGAAAUUCCAGAAUAGUUUUCAUUACAGGCACAAGCAUUCUUAUGAUUAUGGAUGUGAGUCAAUGUGUUGUUGUAAAUAAUUGUAUUUUUGGAAAGCUAUACUGAGCUGUUAUCUUCAUAAUUAUUUAUGUUAUCUUGUAUCUUUUAUAUCUUAUUGAUUGUUAGAAUUUGUGAUUCUGAAUAGUUGAAUAUUCCCAUUUCA